AUGAACUUCACAUCUGAGAAACCAGAAGGCACGUCGAGCGUACCGUCCACUCGCGAAGGUAACAUGGAGUCAGACGGUACCCUGAACAACGGAUCCAACUACGAGCAAUCCCUCGAACUCAGCCAAAUUCCGGACGACGAUUCCACGUGGUCGUUGAAACACAAGGUCGUGGCAGCUAAACAACGAGAUGAACGCUCGGGCUUUCCAGGACGGGAGCUUGGCGUGACAUGGCAGAACCUCACUGUUCAAGCUGUCAGCUCCGAUGCAUCGGUACACGAGAAUGUGCUCUCGCAAUUCAAUAUUCCCAAGCUCGUCAAAGAGUCUCGCCAUAAGCCACCCCUGAAGACUAUCCUCGACAACACCCAUGGAUGCGUCAAGCCCGGAGAGAUGCUGCUUGUCCUUGGCAGACCUGGAUCCGGAUGCACAACUCUGCUCAACAUCCUGGCUAACCACCGGCGAGGAUAUUCCUCUGUCACUGGCGAUGUACACUAUGGUUCCAUGUCGGCUAAGGAGGCCGAACAGUAUCGGGGUCAAAUCGUCAUGAACACAGAGGAGGAACUGUUCUUCCCUACGCUCACAGUCGGCCAAACUAUGGACUUCGCGACGCGUCUUAAGAUUCCCUUCCACUUGCCCGACGGGGUCUCGUCUGCAGAGGAGUUGAGAGCCGAGAACAGAGAUUUCCUGCUGGAGUCUAUGGGUAUUCAGCACACCUUCGACACUAAGGUUGGCAACGAGUUCGUCCGUGGCGUAUCUGGUGGUGAGAGGAAGCGUGUGUCCAUCAUCGAGUGUAUGGCCACAAGGGGUUCCGUCUUUUGUUGGGACAACAGUACUAGAGGUCUGGAUGCAAGCACCGCUUUGGAGUACACCAAGGCUGUCCGCGCCAUGACCGAUGUGCUCGGUCUGGCUUCCAUCGUCACACUAUACCAGGCAGGCAACGGUAUCUACAACCUGUUCGACAAAGUUCUCGUUCUGGACGGAGGCAAGGAGGUUUACUACGGACCUAUGACCGAGGCCAAGCCCUUCAUGGAGCAACUUGGUUUCGUUUGCUCGGAUGGUGCCAACGUUGCUGAUUUCUUGACGGGUGUCACGGUGCCCACGGAAAGAGCUAUCAGACCCGGCUUCGAAAAGACCUUCCCUCGCAACGCGACUACGCUGAGGUCCGAAUACGAAAAGUCAGAUAUAUAUCCUCGAAUGAUCGCCGAAUACGAUUUCCCAACAACAGAAGAGGCCAAGGAGAAGACGAAACUAUUCCAGCAAGGCGUAGCGAACGAAAAGCAUAAGCAACUUCCUGCAAACAGUGCGCUCACCACGAGCUUCAUGACCCAGGUCAAGGCUUGUGUUCAAAGACAAUACCAGAUCAUCUGGGGUGAUAAGGCUACCUUCAUCAUCACCCAGGUCUCGACGUUGAUUCAAGCUCUCAUCGCCGGUUCUCUUUUCUAUAAUGCCCCGAAUAACUCUGCCGGACUCUUCAUCAAGGGUGGCGCGCUGUUCUUCGCUCUGCUCUUCAACAGUCUUUUGUCCAUGUCCGAAGUCACAAACUCUUUCACCGGUCGCCCCGUCCUCAUCAAGCACAAGUCAUUCGCGUACUACCACCCAGCCGCAUUCUGCAUCGCGCAGGUCGCUGCUGAUAUCCCGAUUACGCUGUUUCAAGUCUCGGUCUUCUCGCUCGUUCUGUACUUCAUGGUCGGCCUGAAGACAACUGCAGCUGCGUUCUUCACCUUUUGGGUUGUAGUAGUCGCAACCACCAUGUGCAUGACGGCAAUGUUCCGCUCUAUCGGUGCAAGCUUUUCGACAUUUGAUGGCGCGUCCAAGGCCUCCGGUUUCAUGGUCACUGCCUUGAUCAUGUACUGCGGGUACAUGAUCCAAAAGUCGCAAAUGCACCCUUGGUUUGUGUGGAUCUUCUGGAUCAACCCGCUCGCAUAUGCGUUCGAUUCGCUCAUGUCCACUGAGUUCUACGGCCAACUUAUUCCUUGUGUUGGAAACAACCUUGUCCCGAACGGCCCAGGAUAUACAGACUUGGCCCAUCAGUCUUGCGCCGGUGUCGCAGGCGCCAUCCAAGGACAGACCUCUCUUACCGGUGAUCAGUACCUCUCCGCCAUGUCAUACGGACACAGCCACGUCUGGAGGAACUUUGGCAUUGUCUGGGCAUGGUGGGCGCUUUUCAUCGCGCUUACUGUUAUCUCUACCUCCAAGUGGAAGUCUUCUGCUGAAGGUGGCUCUUCUCUGCUCAUUCCCCGUGAGAAUUCAAAGAUCACUGGAGCUCUUCGAACCGACGAGGAGGCACAGUCUUCGGAAGAAACUGCGGCAGAGAACAACAAGAACGAGAAGCGUGACGGCAAUGCCAGUGGAGGAGAGGAGGCCAACCAGAACCUCAUCCGCAACACGUCAAUCUUCACCUGGAAGAACCUGUCAUACACUGUCGAGACCCCUACUGGAGACCGGGUGCUCCUCGAUAACGUCCAAGGUUGGGUUAAGCCCGGUAUGUUGGGAGCUUUGAUGGGCUCUUCGGGUGCUGGAAAGACCACGCUGCUUGACGUCCUUGCCCAGCGCAAGACUGAGGGUACGAUUCGCGGUUCCAUCAUGGUUGACGGCCGCCCUCUGCCCGUUUCAUUUCAACGAUCUGCCGGAUACUGCGAACAGCUUGAUGUUCAUGAGCCGUUUGCCACUGUCCGCGAGGCCCUGGAGUUUUCUGCUCUGCUGAGACAAAGCCGUGAAACCCCUCGCGAGGAGAAGCUUGCAUACGUCAACACCAUCAUCGAUCUUCUUGAGCUUCACGAUUUGGCCGACACGCUCAUCGGCCGUGUUGGUAACGGCCUGUCUGUUGAACAACGAAAGCGUGUUACUAUUGGUGUUGAGCUUGUCUCCAAGCCUAGCAUUCUGAUCUUCCUCGAUGAGCCUACCUCAGGUCUUGACGGCCAGUCGGCAUACAAUACCGUCCGCUUCCUCCGCAAGCUCGCCGAUGCCGGUCAAGCAGUUCUCGUCACAAUCCACCAGCCUUCUGCCCAGCUCUUCUCUCAGUUCGAUACCCUUCUGCUCCUUGCCAAGGGUGGCAAGACGGUCUAUUUCGGUGACAUCGGCGACAACGCGAAGACUAUCCGCUCCUACUUCUCUCGUUACGGCGCUCCCUGUCCUGAGGAAGCCAACCCAGCGGAGCACAUGAUCGAUGUCGUCUCAGGCCACCUUUCCAAGGGCAAGGACUGGAACGAAGUUUGGCUCUCCUCUCCGGAACAUGACGCAGUUGUUAAGGAGCUUGACCACAUGAUUGACGACGCAGCUGCUAAGCCACCCGGAACUGUCGAUGACGGCCACGAGUUCGCCCUCUCGCUCUGGGACCAAAUCAAGAUUGUCACUCACCGCAUGAACGUCGCUCUCUACCGCAACACGGAUUACGUCAACAACAAAUUCGCGCUCCACAUUUUUUCCGCACUCUUCAACGGCUUCUCGUUCUGGAAGAUUGGUGAUUCUGUCGGCGACAUCCAGAUGCGUCUCUUCACCAUCUUCAACUUCAUCUUUGUCGCCCCUGGUGUGCUUGCACAAGUCCAGCCGCUCUUCAUCGACCGCCGCGACAUUUUCGAGACCCGCGAGAAGAAGUCCAAGAUGUAUUCGUGGAUCGCCUUCGUUACCGGACUCAUCGUCUCUGAGAUCCCAUACCUGAUCAUCUGUGCUGUAUUAUACUACGUCUGCUGGUACUACACAGUUGGUUUCCCUACUGAUUCGUCACGCGCGGGCUCUACCUUCUUUGUCAUGCUCAUGUACGAAUUCGUCUACACGGGUAUUGGCCAGUUCAUCGCCGCCUACGCCCCGAACGCCGUCUUCGCAUCCCUGGUCAACCCCCUCCUCAUCGGAGUCCUGGUCUCCUUCUGCGGUGUUCUCGUACCGUACGACCAACUGCAAGCCUUCUGGAAAUACUGGAUGUAUUGGAUUAACCCGUUCAACUACUUGAUGGGCAGUAUGCUUGUGUUCGAUAUCUGGGGCACGCCGGUCAAGUGCAAGAGUCGUGAAUUUGCGCUCUUUGAUCCCCCCAACGGCACCACUUGCGCCGAGUACCUGGCCGAUUACGUGAAGGGUAUGGGAGCAGCCAGUAACCUAAUCAACCCCGAGGCUACUUCCGGUUGCAGGGUGUGCCAGUACACCAGCGGCAGCGAUUACCUGCAGACGGUCAACUUGAAGGAGUACUACUAUGGCUGGCGCGAUGCAGGAAUCGUUGUCAUUUUCGCCAUCAGCUCCUACGCCCUGGUCUAUCUGCUAAUGAAGCUCCGUACCAAGACCUCCAAGAAGGCCGAGUAA